AUGACACAGACCCUUAGGAUUCAUUGGUUUUUUAUUCUGAUUGCCUUUUGCAAUGCUGAAUUCAGCCCCGACUUCAAGGAUUUUCUCGAUCAGAGGUAUGGCCAAGAUGUUGAAGCCAAAUUGGAGAGGAUAGAUCAAGGCCGACUUUUGAUGGGAAGUUUUGGAGGUCGAAUGGAUAAAACCCAGCCAAUUCAUAACCGAGUAAGCUCAUUUUCUGCUGUUUUGUGACUUGUGUUGCGCAUUCAUUCCAUUAAACAGCGGUUAUUACGUUUUUAAUGGUAUUUUGAUACCUAUUUUGUAUCCAUUCUUUCAGCCUGUAAUUUUUGUCCACGGAACGACUACAAAAGCCGGAUUUUGGUUGCCCCACCGUCGAUUCUUCCUUGAGCAUGGGUAUUCGCCUGCAGAAUUGUAUGCAACAACUUACGGCGAUGGGGGACUGAACCAAGGAUUUUUCUUCAAAUCUAUUGAUUGCGAUGAUGUGGAAGCGGUAAGGUUUACACAUUUUUUCUUUGGACUUCAGAUGGGAUCUAAAUAAGAUUUUCUUGGGAAUUUUUGCUUGAUAUGAACAAAGUUUACAUAAUUGUUAUAUUAAGGAUCGCAUAAAUUAAAUUAGUUUAUCUAAUUUUUGCAAAAAGUUUUGCAGCUUACUCCCAAAGUGUUGAGCUAAGUAAGGUUUUUAUAACCUACAGAACGUCUAAUACGAUAUUUUAUCUGUUUCAGGUCCGAACCCUCAUCAUUGCGGUCAGCGAAUACACAAAUUCCAAAGUUGAUAUCAUCGCGUAUUCCAUGGGUGUCGCUGUCUCAAGAAAAGCGAUUCUUGGUGGAGAGUGUGCCCAAACAAAGAAGAAUCUAGGUCCCUCCAUCACAUCGGCUGUUCAGACUUUUGUUUCGGUGGGGGGAUUGGGCUAUGGAAUGCAAAAUUGUCUCCCGGCUUGGCCGGCUUGCAAUUCCUUAAAUGGAAUGAUCUGCACCUCGGAAUUCUUGGUGAGUGUUUCUUGUAUUUUUAGCUUAAAGAGUUAGUCGAUUGAAUAGCCAUUACCGAGUUAAUUUACAAUAAUUUUAGCGUGAUGUGAACGCCCCAAAUCAACGGUACGAAGGCCAGAACUCGUAUGCAAUUUACAGCCUGGACGAUCCGAUUAUUGGAAUUCACUGUUGCGGACAUUAUUGUGCCGAGCUGAAGAAUGCGAAUCUGACUGUAGUUAGGGGCGGAUUAGAUCACUUGGGCAUUGUUUUAGCUACUAUGGAUCUUCAAUACAACCUGGUGAGGUACAACAAAGCUGAAGGUGUUUAG